CCAUAAUAAAGACUGAUGCCUUUUUCUAUCAGGAAACCAGAAUCGGAGUGUUUGUUUUUUAUCCGCUGUAACUGCGGACAGCGAGGUCCUCACACCGCCGGCGUGUUUCCCAGUUUCACCAGCUCGUUGGGCGUGGGGUACCUGAUGAUCUGCACGGACAGCUACCCCAGCGUCCUGGCCUUCUGCUUCCUGGACGAGCUGCAGAGGGAGUUCAUCGUAACGUACGACACCAAGCGGACAGACGGCGCCGUGCGGCCCUACUCCUUCAUCGAGUUCGACACCUUCAUCCAGAAGACCAAGCAGCGCUACAACAGCCCCCGCUCGCUCUCCACCAAGAUCAACCUGACGGACAUGCAGACUGAGAUUAAGCUCCGCCCACCCUACCAGCUGACUGUUGAGGAUGUGGGCAUGGCCAAUGGAUACUCGCUCCACACGCCCUCCAAAUACAAGGGCAUAGCUCCCAACCAAAUGCUGGAGCCGGUGACCCUGCCUGGGAUCGUGUCCUGUGUGCUCAGCCUGCUGUGUACGGGACUAAACCUACUGCGCGGAGUCCAUGCCAUUGAGAGCAUCAUACAGAAUGAAGAUGAAGACUUUAAUUACGUUAUUGCCUUUUUCCUGGGAAUGGCGGCUUGUCUGUAUCAGUGCUACCUGUUUGUGUACUGCACAGUGUGGCGCACGGGCAAGUCCUUCCUGUGCCUGGCGCUGAUCUGCCUGUGCAACAUGUACCUGUACGAGCUGCGCAACCUGUGGCAGAUCCUGUUCCACGUAACGGUCGGCGCCUUCGCCACACUGCAGAUCCACCUGCGCCGCCCGCAGGGCAAGGCCCCGGACUAUACCGUCUGAGCGCGGGGGACUCAAACCCGCAACCCCCCCAACCCCAAACCCACUACCCCGCAGGGCAAGGCCCCGGACUAUACCGUCUGAGCGCAGGGGACUCAAACCCGCAACCCCCCCAACCCCAAACCCACUACCCCGCAGGGCAAGGCCCCGGACUAUACCGUCUGAGCGCGGGGGACUCAAACCCGCAACCCCCCGGCCCCAAACCCACUACCCCCGCAGGGCAAGGCCCCGGACUAUACCGUCUGAGCGUGGGGGACUCAAACCCGCAACCCCCCGGCCCCAAACCCACUACCCCCGCAGGGCAAGGCCCCGGACUACACCGUCUGAGCACGUGCCGCCCUCUGGGGGGGCUGCUGGGGACUGAGAUACAACCCCCCCCCCAACCCAAAACCUCAACCCUCCCACCACCCCCACAACACCAUCCCAAUCCCAGCGGCUCAGGAGACUGGAGACUGCUUUCGCCAAAUUCCGUAAUGCCCACUGUUACUGUCCGCGGCCUCCUGGCAGCGUGUGCUGGGGAUCACAGGCGGCCGGCCGCAGCCAAAACCGAACCCUGACUGACUGAGGACCGGCUGACCUCGGGCACUCUGAGCUCCUGGAAUCAAAUUGUGAAUGAACUGCAGACCUUCAGUUUGUGCUCGGCCCGGUGGCCUAGAGCUUGUGUAUUUCAGCUAAUCGUUUCCUGAAAACGGCAUUGUAUAUAGUUAGCAUUUUUUUUUUAAUGUAGACACAGUAGUUGUUAAUUGAGUUACAUGCAUUGACAUCACGGGUUGUAUGGAGUUUGUCUGGGGGUUUUUUUUCAGAUAGCAUUUUCACUGAAUUGCAGUCAGAAGUGCAAUGCGAAUUGAGUGACAUGCAAAAAAGUGCAAUGUAGUGCUCUGCAGCAGGGAUCUUUUGAGUUUUUUUCCUUAUAUACUUUGACCAGUGGAGAAAAAAAACAAAACAAAUAAUAAUAUAUUGGCUUGACAGUAGCAGCUGGUUUACGGUCGUCUGUCAAAAGCCAGGUCCCUCCGAAAACAAAAUAAAACGAAAAACAAAAAACUCUGUCAGACGUGGCAUUUUAGAAAAAUUGAGCUUGUGCCAGGAAGCGGCCGUCACGCGCAUGUCAACGCUGGAAGGCGGCGCUCGCGCUCCAGCUCGCGCUCCCGGCUCUCCUCCCAUCUGAGUGAUGUCCCGAUUUACCCGCGCGCCCACAGCAGGCCGCCUGUAACCGCCGACUUCGCGCGGCGUAGCCCCCCAGAGCCCAGGCGUAUUCUGGGCCGAAGACUGCAGUUACGCUCCCGGCGAAUCCGGUAAAACAAACCGCGGGAUGAAUACGGAAUAAUAAUUUUACGGAUAAAGGCGAAGGAAAAAGUAACGGAAGUAAAUUCUUUUUUUAAUUCCAACUUCUGAUACCCGAUGGAUGAGGUUUCAGGGAAAUGAGCUGCGAGGCAAAAGCGGAAUAAUAAUUUUAACUAAAAAAAAAAACGAAUGAGUGAAUGACGUUUUAAUUCCGGCGUAUUGUUAUUCCCGGAAUACGGUUUUUAAAUUGAAUGGUUGCAGAAGUGCGUUUCCAAUAAAUUUUACAUUGUAAGUUUAUUUUUUAUGAUCCCAACCCUCCCUUCCGCCUCCCCGUUUGCUUUUGGUCCCGCUCCCAUUUUGUUAUUUAAAAAUUCUGUCUGCUAGGUUUGCACGUGCGCUUUGCGGUGCAUGCGGUUCAUCGCGCACACCCUGUUUUUUUCCCUGUUAAUCGUCAGUAACCUCUCAAGCUAAUUAAAUUCUUUAUCAAACAACGACUUUCCAUUUCGUUAAUUGGAGAAAUUAAAACGGGGUUGUUCCAACAUUGCUCUCCGCAUAUCUGCGGUUCAGCGUGCCCGAGGCUCGGAAAGUAGGCUCGAGCAGCGUGACAUCAGAAGUCCUUUGUGUGUGACGGGAUUUGAAUUUGUACCCAGCCAACGUGCGAUAUUCUCUCGCCGGCGUUCUGACAUUUCAGCCGCACUGUUCGGCACAACCCCUACGGCUAGGAGCGCCGCGAGACUGCUAUACAGUACGUCAACCCCGCAGCCUGGAGAAUAGAGAUGACUAGAAAAAUAUAUACCUUACGCCGCGGUCCCUCCUCGACUAAUAUACCACAUGGUGUGACAUUUAAUUUUGUUCUCCUGCAGGGGUCCCCAAGCCUUUUCACCGAAGGCCCCACUUAGAAAGAUGAGCUCAUCGUCUGUGGCUGGGGGGGGGAGUGGGGGGGCAUCAUUUCCCACACCCUCACAAUGUGAUUGAGCUUCGCACCAACCAACUGGCCUCAUGUUGCCCUCACAUGCAGCUAAUUGCCUGCUGCAGAUACUCUGCCUAAGAAUGCCUUUGCCUCCUCAGCAGAACCCUGUGUACUGUCUGUCAGUGUUUAUAUCAGUGCCGAUGGUGGUGCGCCAAUUUACUGUGUGUUCAAAAACAAUCUUCAGAAACAUAAUAAAGGUGUAGAGGUUUCA